CAAGUCGGCUCGCACGUCAGUCUAUUUGCGCUGAGAUGGCAAAAGAUCAACAAGACCUUUUAAAAUUCAAGAUGGCGCUCCAACCGGAUAAGCGACAGAUGGAAUACGAGCAAACUUUGAUGCAUGGCCAAUAUUCGCGUGACCUAGGUCAGUUCGCGAAGGCCAAAGCAGCAAAGUUGCGAGAGGAGAAAGACAGACGGAGGCAGGUGGAAGAUGAUUUCUUGCGCUACACCAACGAGAGCAGAUGCCUCAGAUGUAAAUCCUCUCUGAUACAGUUCAGAAACUGGGUAUUCUCCAAGAUCGGAGAGGAUUGGAUAUUUCUGGCAUUGCUUGGAGUCAUCAUGGCGUUGCUCUCCUUCGCACUGGACUACACCAUUCAGAAGUUUCAAACAGCUCAAGUGCAUCUAUUCUACAUGAUAGAAGGGAAUGCUUUCCUGCAGUACUUAGCAUGGGUUGGUUUCCCUGUUGUUCUCAUUGUCUUCUCAGCUGGGUUUGUCCAUCUUGUUUCCCCGCACGCCAUAGGUUCUGGUAUACCUGAGAUGAAGACUAUUCUAAGGGGCGUGGUGCUGGAAGAGUACCUCUCGAUGCGAGCGUUCCUCUCUAAGGUGGUUGGUCUUGCCACGGCGGUGGGCAGUGGUAUGCCCUUGGGCAAAGAGGGUCCGUUUGUUCACAUUGCUAGUAUUGUAUCGACCAUGCUGAGUAAACUGAUCGUCUCAUUCAAAGGAAUCUAUGAGAAUGAAUCAAGAAACUGUGAGAUGCUUGCUGCAGCUUGUGCUGUGGGUGUGUCAUGUAACUUUGCGGCCCCUAUAGGGGGUGUCCUCUUCAGUAUAGAGGUAACGUCCGUCUACUUUGCCGUGCGGAAUUACUGGAGAGGUUUCUUUGGGGCUGUGUGCGGAGCGUUUGUUUUCAGGCUGCUGGCAGUCUGGAAUAAAGAUGAAGAAACUAUCACUGCUCUGUUCAAAACCAACUUCCGAUUGGAUUUCCCGUUUGAUGUCCAGGAACUGGUUGCAUUUGCUUUCAUAGGAGUUGUCAGUGGAUUUGGAGGAGCCCUAUUUGUAUAUCUGCACAGAAAAAUAGUGGAUUUUGUCAGAAGCCAAAAGACUGUCAAUCACUUUUUACAGAAAAACCGUUUGAUUUAUCCCACCUUGGUAGCUUUUGUGAUUUCAUCCAUCACUUUCCCUCUUGGACUAGGGCAGUUUAUGGCUGGCGAGUUGACCCAGAAGCAGCAGAUAAAUGAGCUCUUCAGUAACACAACCCUUGGCAACGAUCCUGAGGACAUCGAGGAGGAGAACAUCUAUAAACCCUGGCAUCGACCAAACGUCUUUGUCACCUUGGUGGUCUUCAUCAUCAUGGAGUUUUGGAUGUCAGCGAUAGCUGUGACGCUGCCUGUACCCAGUGGAGUGUUCAUACCGGUGUUCACCAUCGGAGCAGCGUUUGGACGUCUGGUGGGUGAGGCUAUGGCAGUGUGGUUCCCUGAAGGUAUCCCUAAUGGUGACACUCUUAACAAGGUGGUUCCUGGUGGCUAUGCUGUAGUAGGUGCUGCAGCAUUGUCAGGCAGUGUAACGCAUACCAUCUCAACAUCUGUCAUAGUGUUUGAACUCACAGGGCAAAUAACACAUAUUCUACCUGUCAUGAUUGCUGUGUUAAUUGCCAAUGCUAUAGCACAGCUGCUUCAACCAUCCAUCUAUGAUAGCAUCAUACGCAUCAAGAAACUCCCGUACUUACCUGAUAUUAGCCAUGCUGGAUCUAAGACAUACAACAUUUUUGUGGAAGACAUCAUGAUACGCAAUAUGAAAUUCAUAUCCUGGCUCUCCACCUACAAGGAACUUCAAGAUCUACUCAACAACUCAUCACUAACAUCCUUUCCUCUAGUAGAUGCCCCAGAAUCCAUGGUUCUCAUUGGCUCUGUUCAAAGAACAGAACUUGCCUUCAUGCUGGAGAAGAAGAUCGGUGGAGCCAGACGGAUCCUGGUUGCUACUACCAAGAGACGGAGAUCACAAGGUCAAGGUCUAGGUCUAGAUGGGAACCCGGAGGCCUCGGGAGAAGAGAAUGUCCCAGUAGUGGAGUUUCACAAAAAGCCAUCAUCAAAUGAGAGAGCUGUUAGUAUCAACCUCUCACCGGUUUCCGAAGAUAAACCUGAAACAUCCAAAGGAUUUGAGGGUGCAUCCUCAAAUAGUUCCCCCACAGCAUCCCUAGACUAUAAACGUGCAUCAGUGUUUGGCAGACAAAUUAGAUUGAAUUCACGGAAAUCUAUUGGAACCUUUGAGGACAUGACAGAAGAAGAGAAAGAUGAAUGGGAGGAUCAGGAGCUAAGAGAUGAAUUAGAUUUCAAAGAUUGUCAGAUUGAUCCAGCACCAUUCCAUUUGGUAGAAAGGACAUCCCUGCAUAAGGUACACUCUCUGUUCUCUCUUCUUGGUCUAAACCACGCCUACGUUACCACACUGGGUAGAUUGAUGGGCGUGGUCGCCCUGAAAGAGAUCCGUCGUGCCAUAGAAGACAACCAGUACAGGCAGCAUGAAGAGAUUCCCAUCCAACGAAACAACUCACCGGUAGAAAGCGUCCAGACUACUGUCACCUCAUCUCUAUCCAUACAGUGAAACAAUGCUGCUGCUAUGGGUUACGAUGAUAUUCCAUGACAGGGGCAGAGCCAGGAUUAUAGAAAUGGAAGAGGGGGAGGGGGGGGGGAAUUAUCUUGACAAUUAUUUUUGUCAGGAGAUUUCUAUUUAAUGUCACAACUCAGCAGAAGAUACCUCCAUACUACUGACACUGCAGGAGGGUGUUUCACAAAACUUGUCAUCAGUGACAAAUGACAGUUUUCUACUGAAAUACUUGCUUCUGUUUGGUAAUCAGCAGAUUUGUCACUGGUUUUAGUCAUUUGUCAUUGAAAUUUGUUUCUGAAACAGGUUCCAGCUUUAUUCACCCGGGGAGGAGACACUCCAAAGCAUUAUCUUGAUAUUGUAUUCCAGGGGCAGAUUAAGGGUUGUCUGAAGGGGGGGGGGGGGGGGGAUUUUCCUAAGAUAUUAAUUUUCUUAGGAUGCAGUAGGAUGUGGUGGUUAUCAGUGUAUAUUUAUUGUACAUAGAGAGCAGAGUGGCUUGGUUCAGUGAGCAUUCCAAAUAAGGGUGUCUGAUUACGGUAGUGCAAAAUGGAAAUGGGCAUUUAUUCACUU